AUGUCCGACAGUAUUAUACGUGAGAAACCGACAGCAUUUGGAUCGAUUCGUCAGAAUAAUUUACUUAAUGGUCAUUCUCCAUUGAAAUUAUUUACACAUGCAAAAAUAACGAUAACUGAAAUUUUUAAAAAUAUUGCAUCAUAUGUUAAUGAUUCAAAUACAUAUCUUAAUGAUGUAAUAAAAUCUGAUCGAAAUUUAAUAACUAAUGAUCAAUAUAAAGAAAUCCAGCAAUUAAAAGAAAAAGUUAGUCGGAUAUUAUCAAUUAUAUCUCGUGAUCACAUGAAAGUUGUGUUUUUUGGAAGAACGAGUAAUGGAAAGAGUACGGUUAUGAAUGCUAUGUUAAGAGAAAAAAUACUACCAAUUGGUAUGGGACAUACAACAAAUUGUUUUCUUCAAAUUGAAGGAACAGAUAAAAAUGAACCAUCAGUUCUUAUACCAGGAUCUGAUGAACCAAAAAGUGUAAAUGUAAGGACAUAUAUGUGUCAGGCAAAGCUGAGUAUUUAG